AUGGCGGACCCAAAAGAGGACGAAAUUAAGGAUCUCCUCGAAGAGCUGGAUCUUUAUGAAUUCAUUUUGACUGAUCAAAAGACAAGCACACCGGAUGACGUGGAGGCAAUCGGGGAGACACGCGACACUAUCAAAAAGCUGCAGGCUAGGCUCGCGGGUCUUCUUGGGAACGUCGCUCCAAGUUCUCCACCACCUGAAAGUCAUCCUGCUCCCCAGCCUACAACUCCAGAGCUUCCUCGGGUAACAUCAGUCACUCCCCCAAGACCGGAAAAUCCUUUGCCAGUCUCGAACCCGCAUUGGCCUUCGUCAGCACCGUCACCCUUUGGCUUCCAGCCUAGCGCUCAUGCCGGGCCAUCCUUGCCACCAAUCUCAUCAUUCAGUCCUGGCGAAGGGUCUCGUAAACGACCACGGGAGGGGUCGUUCGGAUCUCUGAGCUCACAACAGCCGUCAAAGAAGGCAAUCAUGGACAAGUCUAGGAAUCGGAUCCAAGAAAUUGACAUAAAGCUUCGUAUGCAGUUGGAAAGGAACCGCCGCCAAUAUGCUAACAUGAGGUCGACUGAGGAGGUUCGGGAGACAGCCAGGUUGGAGAACAUGUCUGAAGAACAAGUCCUUCAUGAAAUCAAUGAGGAGGAGCGUGAGAACGAGAUGACCAUUCGCUCAAUGAUUCAGAUGGAGAAGGACGAGGAAUACGCUCGCAUGAUCCAGGCUCAGGACGACGAGGAAGUUCAGCCGCUCCCGCAUCCGAGCUUUGCUAUCCCUGAUCGGACUUUGCCCCGCCCUCCUUCGUUUCCAGCACCAAAGCAUCAGGCGUACGGCAAUAAUUAUCGUUCACCUCAUCCAGAAAUCCUGGACUCAGAUGAUGAUCUUCAAGAAAUUACCCCCGAGUCUUUCAAUUCGGUACAAGGGUACCCUCCUCGCCCGCCGUCCUACUUGUCGGCACCAGGUCACGCAUACCAAGCACCCUACUUGUCACCACAUAAGGGCAUGCCCGGUAUGUACCCUACCUUGGCGGCACAAUAUCCUUACAUGCCCCAAGGUUAUUCUCCAGCUUCUUCUGCUAUGCAACUGGGUAUGGGGGGUCCAUUGUCCCAUAUGUCCCAUAUGUCCCCUAGACGCCUGCCGUGGAUGCAGGGCCAAAAUCUCGAAACGAAGGCUUUUGACCUUAUCCGUGAACAGCAGGACUUGGAAGAAGACGCCAUUGAUUUCGAAAUGUACAAGGAGGCAGAUUUCCCGGAUGACAUUAAGAACUUGCUCACGGGAAUCAAGGACAUCAAUAAAGCGACACAGGCAGACAAUGAUGAUACACCCCCAGAGCUAAAAGUGACGUUGAUGAAGCACCAAAAAGUCGGACUGGCAUGGCUGAAGGCAAAAGAAGAGAGCAACCACAAGGGUGGUGUUCUAGCAGAUGACAUGGGUCUUGGGAAAACCAUUCAGACAAUUGCGCUUAUGGUCGCUCGCCCACCCACAGAUCCUGAUCGACACCCGUCCCUGAUUGUCGCUCCAAAAGCUCUGAUGGAGCAGUGGAGGCUCGAGAUUGGUAGACAUGUCAAACCUGGGGAUUCUCAAUUGUCUGUAUUCAUCUUUCACGGGCUUCAGCGCCAGAUUCCUUGGAGAGAUCUCCGGAAUUACGAUGUGAUCAUCACGACAUUCGGUACUUUGACCGCGAACCACAAAAUCCUUCUACACGCGGAAAAGCUCCAGAGCGAAGGGAAGGAUGCGAGUAUCGUGAAAAAGGUUCGAGAUGGUGCGGUGCUCUAUAGCUCAGCGAGUAAAUGGCAUCGCGUCAUCCUCGACGAAGCCCAGAAUGUCAAGAAUCCAAAUGCCAAAUCCACGAGGGCCUGCUGCAGGCUUGACGCAACUUACCGAUGGUGUUUGACUGGAACUCCGAUGAUGAAUCGGCUCGAGGACUUUCAGUCUUUAUUAGGAUUCCUCCGAAUCCGCCCUUAUAACAACAAGGAGAAGUUCAAACGGGACUUUAUUCGACCUAUUAAGAACGGAUGGGGAGAGGAGAAUGUCAUGAAACAACUCCGCGUCCUUGUCAAGUCCGUGUGUUUACGUCGUACAAAGAAGACCAAGAUUGACGGACAGCCGAUUUUGCAGCUUCCACCAAAAGUCAUCGAGAAGAUCCAUGUCGUUUUCAACGAAGAGGAGAAGGGGCUGUACGAUGAACUUAACUCCGAUUCCCAGAACCAGAUUCGCAAGUACUUGAAUGCAGGUACCCUGGGUAAGAACUACAGUCAUGUACUGGUUCUUCUUCUUCGGCUCAGACAAGCCUGCGAUCAUCCUCUGUUGAUCAAGGGCUUCAAUGCCGAGAGUUCAACCGUUGUUCAAGGCGUGGAUCUAGUUGCCAAUGCUAAGCUCCUAGAUGAUCAGACAGUGGAGCGGAUCAAAAAUAAUAAGGAUGAUGACGAUGGCACUUGUCCUAUAUGCAUGGACAGCCCUGAAAACCCAGUCAUCUACAUCCCUUGUGGACACUCCUCUUGUUCGGAAUGUUUUGCCAAAAUUUCUGAUCCUACAUUGCUUGCCCACCAAGACUCUGGCUUGGUGAAGUGCCAAAACUGCCGCGGUGAAGUUGAUCCCACCAAGGUCACGGACGCCAUCUCUUUCAACAAAGCCCACGGCUCAGAUGCUGAAUCACCCGUGGCCGAGGAAUCUGAGCAGUCUGACGACACUGAUUCCGACUCCGAUUCUGAUACUGAGACCGACGGAUCGGCCAAAAAGCGCAAGAAGAAAUCCCUGGCGGAACUGCGUACUGCGGCCCAACGGAACAAGGCCGAGAAACGGAAGUAUUUUCGCCGUCUGGAGAAACACUGGACACCCAGUGCCAAAAUCACCAAGGCCAUCGAGAUUCUUCAGGCCAACGAAACCCGCGGCAUUGGUGACAAGACCAUCAUCUUUAGCCAAUUCACCUCACUUUUAGAUCUUCUCGAAGUUCCUAUCGCCCGUGAGGGAUGGGGAUGGGUGCGGUUCGAUGGUACCAUGAACGUCCAUGACCGCAACGCAGCCGUGGCCUCGUUCACUGACAACCCGGAUUGCAGAAUCAUGCUUGUCUCCCUCAAGGCUGGUAACGCAGGCUUAAACCUCAUCGCCGCGUCCCAUGUUAUUCUUUUUGACCCUUUCUGGAACCCCUAUGUCGAAGACCAAGCUAUUGAUCGUGCACAUCGUAUCGGACAGACGAAGGAUGUCUUCGUUCAUCGGUUGCUCAUUGAGGGAACGGUUGAAGACCGUAUCAUCGAGCUACAGGAGAAAAAGCGUGAGCUUAUCGAGGGUGCUCUGGAUGAGGGUGGUAGUAUGAAUGUCUCUCGACUUGGUACCAGGGAGCUGGCCUACCUCUUUGGUGUUUCGACCUAG